AUGACCACGCAGACCGCUCCGCCACCCAGUGACUUCCAGCCAGGUCCUCCUCAUAGGUCUCAGACGCAGUCACCGGGCCGUGGUAUGAUAAGUCCGCGUUCUUCCGUACAAACCAUUGAUACCCUUCCACGCCCCGCUUCUGUGCAUGGAUCUGGUUCACCAACUAAAACUGUGAAUCCAUAUGCUGCUGUGCAAGCACCUUCGCAAACCCGCGCUGUGACUCAGCACCUUGAGUUCAUUGCUCCCAUGGACGGGCAGGAACAGGAUCCUUUGGAGCGGUGGAAAGGUGCUCCAAUCUUCAAAUUUGGCUUUGGUGGCUCCGUGUUAUCUUCUUUCCCCAAGCACAUUCCCCGUUACUCUGCUGGCCAGGUGGCACCAAUGAUCAAACCCAGCCCCGGAGAAAUCAAGACCUCCCAGCUGAAUGAAUUCCUUCCUUCUACCGACACUAUUGUUCAGCACCCUGGACCUCUGAAGGCAAAGUCCAAGAAGAAGGAUCUGGUUGCCUGGAUUUCUAGCAAGAUUGCGGCCUUCGAAAACCUAGGUAUCCCGGCUCAUGAUCAGGUUCAUUCCGAUACACACAAGCGUCACGAGGAAAGGAUCCUGCUCUGGAAAGUCGUCAGGCUUCUGGUCGAGAACGACGGUAAUCUGGAAGGUUCUGCGGAGGUUCAAAGGUCUCUCCGCCAGGCUAUCUUCCCUCACUUGGCGGCCCCUGAAGCCGAUGGGUCAUAUGGUAGUGCUUUUGCUGCUUUGGCUGGCUUUUCACCCAUGGAACUUUCCUCGCAGCCUGAUUCUGUUGACUCUCAGUCCUUGGAAGAGCUUCGCUCCAGCUUGAUUGCUGGUGACCGGGAAAAGGCCGUCUGGGGCGCAGUUGAUCGCCGUUUAUGGGGUCAUGCGAUGAUCAUUGCAUCCACUAUGGACAAGUCGAUCUGGAAACAGGUCACGCAGGAGUUUGUCCGGCGGGAGGUUAGGUCCAAGGCCGGCAACACCGAAUCACUGGCAGCCCUGUACGAGAUCUUCGCUGGCAACAUUGAAGAAAGCAUCGAUGAGCUGGUGCCUCCAUCUGCCCGGGCAGGCCUGCAGUUGAUCAGCAAAGCCGAUGGUCACAGCUCUACCAAGAAUGUCCUGGAGGGUUUGGACAAGUGGAAGGAUACUCUGGGAUUGGUGCUGAGCAACCGCAGUUCCGAGGACCAUCAAGCUCUCCUUGCCCUUGGUCGUCUGCUUACCUCUUAUGGACGAACAGAAGCCGCUCAUGUUUGUUUCAUCUUCUCGCGGGCUGCGGUGUUUGGUGGACCGGAUGACCCCCAAGCAAACAUCGUUCUGCUUGGCGCUGAUCACCAGCGUUGUGCCUCAUCCCUUAUGGAUGAAGAUGCUAUCUUGCUGACCGAGGCAUACGAGUAUGCUACCUCCGUUCUUGGCAACUCUCCUCUAGCUAGUUUCCCACAUCUAUUGGCAUUCAAGAUGCUGAAUGCCAGAUGUCUUGUCGAUCGGGGCCGUAACUCUGAGGCUCAGAGCUACUGUGAUGCAGUCGCAGCAGCGUUGAAGGCAACCACCAGGCCCUCCCCAUACCAUCAUAACCGUCUCUACGCGGAGGUGGAAGAGCUAUCCAUGCGCCUCCGUCAAACUAGCAGUGACAAUGGUUCCUGGAUCUCUAGACCCAGCAUGGAAAAGGUGUCUGGUUCCAUGUGGGCACGUUUCAAUAGCUUUGUUGCAGGUGAUGAAAGUGAUGCUGCCUCGACUGGAUCUGGAAAGGCCGGCGAAGCUACGGAUUUCGGGCCAUUUGCCAACGUAGCUGGAACACCUACCAUUAGCCGUUCCCCAUCUGUGUCUGACAUCUACGGCUCCUAUCCCGGAGCAGGCGCCCAGCCUAUUCCCACGGGUGGCAACUCGAAGUAUCACCCGUCCAGUCAAAGUCAAUAUGCCCCCAACGCAUCGCCGGAGCAAUUCAAAGGUCGGUCGUCGAUGGAUUCGCAACGAUCGAAUCCCUAUUUCCCGCCUGCGGGACGUCGAACCUCCCAGGAAUUCUCGCCAUCGCUUGAUUCGCAGAUGUCUCAAGGGCCUGUAUAUGGAUCCCCAAAUAUGUCUGGAUAUCAGCCGACCCCGCCUCAGUCGUCCUAUGUUCCUCUCGCUCCGGUGGAGGAGGCUUUGUCCCCUGCUGAGGCUGCUCCAGUCACUCAAUCCGUGGUAAAUGGCCUGUUCUAUCAACCCCCAGGUCAUGCAGGUGGUUCGGCCAGUGAAUCCCCCUACUACCAAGGGCCUCCUGGUAUGCCAGACUCAGAGUCACCCUACGCACCCCCCGUUGGAAGUUCAUCCUAUGAGCCGCUGGGUGGUCCCAUGGACAUGAGCUCUCUCCAGACGGAGGACCAGAUGGCUCCUGAGGAACAGCCAAAGCAGAAGGCAUUCAUGGACGAUGACGAUGACGAUGAUCUCGCUGCGCGGGCAGCAGCUAUGCAGAAGGCAGAGAAUGAUCGCAAGGCAAAUGAAGCUUUCCAGAAGGCAGCGGAGGAAGAUGCUAAACGAGAUGCUGCCCAGCAGUCCGGCAAGAAGGGGUGGUUCGGCGGUUGGUUCGGCGGUGGCAAAAAGGAGGAAGCCCAAACUGGUGGUCCGAUCAAGGCCAAACUUGGCGAGGAGAGCUCCUUCUACUACGACAAGGACUUGAAGAAAUGGGUCAACAAGAAAGAUCCCGACAGCAGCGCCCCAGUCCGUGCCACACCCCCUCCUCCGCGAGGCUCGGCCCCUCCCAGUCGGACCGCUAGCUCAGGCAGUAUGCCUCCAAACGGUGCUCCGAUGGCCGCUGGCAGCAGACCCCCCUCCUCCUCGAGUGCCGCCCCGCCUCCGUUCUCUUCAAGCCCAGGUAUCUCUGGACUUGCAGCUCCUCCCCUGCCUCGCUCUGUGUCUACCGGAGCGGCUGUGCCAACCCCGCCUGGUAGUUCCAGUGGGCCACCUCCACGACCUUCAUCUUCCCUGACUCAUGCCAGCUCGAUCGAUGAUCUGCUCGGUGCACCCACAGCCCGCAAGGGCAACACGGUCCGCGGCAAGAAGAAGGGUCGCUAUGUCGACGUCAUGGCCCAAUAA